CCAGGUUCGACUAUAAUAGCUACAGUAUCCGGUUUGGUAGAGAGGUGGUGGGAGUGACUCCUCCGUGAUUUCCAAUAGAAAAACGUUGAAACGGACGACAGUGCCGCCACUGCAGCGAGCGAGGAAAACAGUCCUCGUUAGACGGGAAUAUGGUGUGCCACAGAGUCAGAGUGAGAAAAACAUUUGAUGAGAGACAUUUGAACUCUGAAUUCGUAGUUAUUGUUUUAACGUGUGGCACUGCGCUCUUUUCACGUAUGAUCUGACGAAAUACGAAUUGGUUAUUUCCUUCACAACCAUGGAGAAAGCGCUCGGCAGUUCGCAUCCAGGGAAUACGAAAAGCAACUCUGGGUCCACCUCUUCUUCGGAUCGGGGGAAUCAUGCACAGAGGCUGGGGAUAAGCGACUCGCUCAGUCCGGGUUCUGGAUCAUCUGGAAGACCGGCAGGAGGGGGUGCGAGCCGUGGAGGAGUGUCGGGAAACAACGGCUGUCUGCAGCAAUCCCGCAAGCGGUAUCUCGAAGGAGUGUUGAGUAAAUACACAAACCUCCUCCAAGGCUGGCAGAACAGGUAUUUUGUUCUGGACCCAGAAGUGGGGCAGCUGCAGUACUUUGUCAAUGAGACAUGCAGGGGUCAGAAGCCGCGGGGGUCUCUGCCCCUGAUUGGGGCGUCGGUUGCCCAGUGCGACGAGGCACCCCACAUGUUCACCGUUUACUCAGCCAAUGGAGAGCUCUACAAGCUGCGAGCAGCGGACAGCAGGGAGCAGCAGUUCUGGAUGAGCCAGCUGCAGGCCUGUGUUCGGCGUCACUCAGAGAGCAGUGCGAAGGGCUCCUCCUGCACCUCCUCUGUUCGGACCCGCAGCUUCUCCCUGCUCCCGCACCCCCCGCCCACCUCCUCCUCCCCCGGCUCCCAGAGACACUCAACCCACACCGGGGCGCCCGGCGCCAUCGUCACCAUCACCCACCACAAGUCCCCCGCCGCUGGCCGCCGGGCCAAGAACCAGUACCCCGGGAGGCUGCUGGAGGUCAGAGAGGUCAUAUCUCAGGCUGAGGGUCAGCAGAAGUCGCUGGUCCGCUCCAUAGAGUCCCUGCCUGCCCACGGCCCGCUGACCUCACUGGACCAGGACCUGCUGCUGCUCAAAGCCACCUCGGCUGCCACCCUCAGCUGCCUGGGAGAAUGCCUCAACAUCCUGCAGCAGAACGUGACCCAGGCUACGCAGCACAGCCGCGGUCACAGCCUUGCCUCUGAUGCUGACCCUGGCUGGCCUGUGCCCACCUCUCCCUCUGCAGAGCAGUUGAAGAAUGGGGGUCCGACCCCCUCCGUACCCCAGACUGGCACCAGCGUGUCCCUCUCUUCUGAGCCCUUCCCAGGCCUCGGAGCCCAGGACCUGAGCCACAGCACUGAUCUCCCCAGCCUGGAGUCCUUCCCCCCCAGCGAGGAGGCCCCUGACACAGAGGAGAAUGAAGAGGAGGAACUGGGCGUGAUGGAGGAACAGCGCAGUGUCAUCCUGCACCUCCUCUCCCAGCUCAAACUGGGCAUGGACCUGACCCGGGUGGUGCUGCCCACGUUCAUCCUGGAGAAGCGCUCCCUGUUGGAGAUGUACGCUAACUUCAUGGCGCACCCGGACCUGUUCCUGUCGGUGGCGACGGCGGCCACGGCGGAGGAGCGCAUGGUGCGCUUCGUGGAGUACUACCUGACCUCCUUCCACGAGGGCCGCAAGGGCGCCGUGGCCAAGAAGCCCUACAACCCCAUCCUGGGAGAGAGCUUCCACUGCUCCUGGGAGGUGCCUUGCGACAGGGUGCGGCCCCCCAGGACUAACCCCCCGGGCCCCCCUCCCCGGGAGCCCGCCCGGGCGGAGCGCUGCGGACCGGAAGCGCCCGGGUGCUACCGCGUGCGCUUCGUGGCCGAGCAGGUGUCCCAUCACCCCCCUGUGUCCGGCUUCUACUGCGAGUGCCCGGAGCGCCGCAUGUGCGUCAACGCCCACGUCUGGACCAAGAGCAAGUUCAUGGGCAUGUCCAUCGGCGUGUCCAUGGUGGGGGAAGGGGUCCUAUGCCUUCUGGAGCAUGACGAGGAGUACGUCUUCACCCUGCCCUGUGCCUACGCCCGCUCCAUCCUCACUGUGCCCUGGGUGGAGCUUGGCGGUAAAGUCUCCAUCAACUGUGCCAAGAGUGGCUACUCCGCCACUGUCACAUUCCACACCAAGCCCUUCUAUGGAGGGAAAGUACACAGGGUAACAGCGGAAGUCAAACACAACCCCACCAAUACCAUCGUGUGCAAAGCGCAGGGGGAGUGGAACGGGACACUGGAGUUCACCUACAGCAGUGGAGAGACCAAAGUGAUUGACACUUCCAAACUGCCAAUCAUCAAGAAGAAAAUCCGGCCAGUGGAGAGACAGGGUCUGAUGGAGUCCCGGCGGCUGUGGCACCCUGUGACGGAGGCGCUGAAAGAGGGGGAUGUGGACACCGCCACCAAACACAAACACCUCCUGGAGGAGCGUCAGCGCAGCGAGGAGAGGCAGAGAGCUGCCAGCAACACGCCCUGGAAGCCCACGUACUUCAUCAAAGAGGGAGACGGCUGGGUGUAUCACAGCCCCCUGUGGAAAGCACAUUGACACAGGAACUGCUGUCAGCCAGCCACCACUGGGACCAAGGAAAGGGUGUUGCCUGUUUCAUUUGGGACACUGAAGCUUAGUGACAGCAGCCAGCAUCUGCUGUUGAAGCAGGACUAGAAGAGGGACAGACUCUUCCCAGAAUCCUCUACACCAGGGCCAAAUUUCUACACCUGCGCCUGGUGCAAGCACCUCUUCCACCUUGGAUAAAUUUGGGACCGGGAGAUAAAAAAUACACAUAUGUACAGUAUAUAUAUCUAUAUAUAUAAUAUAUAUGUAUGUAUGUGUAACAUUUAUAUUUUUCACUUUUCCGAAGACCUGUUUUGCACAUAUAAAGUAUGAAGUAAUUUGCCACUGGCGUUUCCAGUAUUGUUCACACAUUGGUGUUCACACACUGCUCACAUUUAUUUAAUGCCUACAAAAGAGAUGACAAAGAUGUGGCUACCGUCCUCAGCUGUAGGACUUCUUGGUUCAAGUCUGCCUGUAAUUUCCCCCUGCAAAGUUGAA